AUGCCGCCGCCAAAGAAAAAGACAAAAACAUCGCAUCACACCGAUAAAGCGCCAUCAGUGCUGCUGUCCGACUUUCGUACAGCUUGGCCCCUGCAAACUGGCGACGAAACAGUCUUGAUCAAGGUCAAAGACGAAGAAUUCAGUGUUCACAGGGCAGUCCUCACUCAGCACUCCGAUUACUUCCGAGCCUCGACGAGAGCGUGUUAUGACGAAUCUGCAGGCGAACUCGAGUUUGAUAACAUCGACCCAAAGUAUUUUGCCUUGUUCCUCGGAGUGGCAUAUAGUUAUUCCUCCAUCGUUCCCCAUGCGCCGCCGGCUCCCGCAGCCAAUCCCGAAGCACAGUCCCAAAGGACGCCCAUGCGCGAUUAUGUCGAAGUGUACAAGCUGUGCGAUCGCUUUAUUUGUCCAACCAUUGCCGCCUACAUGCUCCGUUGUAUUCAUACCUUGAUUGGCGACCGUCACAGGGCACUAUUCCGCUCGACUAUGGAUAAGGCGCAGCAGCUAUGGUGCACAAAAGACUUUGCCGAUGCUUUCGAGGUUCUUGAGCAAAACCACAGGGAACAAAAUCAACUCGGAAUAUUGAUGGUUGAAUAUUUUUGUGAGGGCGUGUUCUAUCGAUCUUGGGAUGCAUCAGUCGGAGAAAUAGAAGACAAGCCAGCCUUUGUGUUGCAAGUCUCGCGGUAUUUUGCGGCGAAACUUGCCAUUCUAUUAGAACAGCGAUCCAAACUAAAGCGGAAGGAGCUCAAGAUGCCUACCUCCGAGGAGUGA